AUGUUUGUUUUGAACGUUUACGAAGAUGUAAUAGAGAAAACGCAAAUAUGUAAUUAUCUUUCUAUUAUGGAAUUUGUGUUCCAAAUUAGAAGAGAGACGGACGUCUCCGGGAAUAUUUGCCAACUGAAGUGGGGAACAGAAUCGGAAGUGCUUUUGCUCAUUGGUGAACGAUUUAGCAGAUUUUCAAAGGCCAUUGUCGUAAUAUAUAAAAUGGCUCCUAAGGGAGAGGCAUGUGCUGAGUGCACUCAGAAUUGUCUCUUGAUGCAUAAAAAGGAGAAAAAUCCAUCACCUGUUGCCACUUCAUUCUUCAAAGUCAUGUUUGGUGAUGAAUAUUCCAAAGUUUUGUUCCUGCCUCCAAAAUUUGCUCAUACUGUACAGAAAAAAUCUGGUAGGUCAACUUGGCUUGAGGAUUCAAAUGGUGAGAAAUGGAAAGUAAGAUUCACAAAAAUUGAUGGAUUAUUGGCAUUUGAAGAAGGUUGGAAUACAUUUUGUUUAGCUCAUGGGCUAAAAGUUGGCGAUUUAUUGGUUUUUCAUUACAUUAUGGAAUCUUAUUUUGUUGUUUCAAUGUAUGGAGAAAGUGGUUGCCCUGAAAAUAGACACUUUGGAUUCACUCCCCACCCAAUGAAAGAAACUAGAAAAGAACAUAAGUUGACCACAGUUGACCACCAUAUCCCAUCAAAUGCAACCACCAAUGGAAAUCAUCAUCAUCUUGAAGUCAAAGACUCUGUUGGAAGUCAACAAAAGGACAUAAGUAUCAAGAAAAAAAGAACAGAUGAUAUGAUGUCACCAAACACUCAUGAUCAUUUGGUUGCAUCAUCUUCGAAAUCUCAGCCUUCUGAUUCAGAUAAAGAAACAAGUCAAAGAUCCAAACCAUUGGUCAACUCAAACCCUGAUAACACUAUUUGUGAGACUCCUACAAUUGUGAAAAAUAACCAUAGUGUUCCUGUAGAAGAUUCAGAAGAUGAACAUUUAGGAGUAAACAGUUUACAGAAACAUGAUGUGUCAAUCCUACAAACUAGCCCUAAAAAAUCCUCCGGUGGCUGGAAAGAUGAUGUGGCAGCCGGAGGUGGUGGAGAUGGAAUUAAGGUAAAAGAAUCUGGGAAGCUUCUGGAAACACUUUCCAAAAAGAUGACAGAAAAGCCCAAGGAAAACAAAUUCAAGACUUCUAUCAAGAAAAGAUUGAGGAGCACCAUGUUUCCAAUGACACCAACAAAGAUUGUUAAAAAAGAUUCUGUGUUGACAAGUCAAACCGACGUCUCUGGUUCAAAAUCGCACAAUGACGAUGGUGCCCCUGCUUCUUCUCCUAAACCGAUAGUUUCACCACCGAAGAUUAUUAAAAAAGAGCCUAUCUCAGCACGCGAACAUGAUUCAAGAUUUCACAAUGUUGGUGUUCCACAUAAACCAAUUGCUAAACCAAUGGAAACACCCAACAAGAGUCCUACUCCUACAUUGAAACGUGACUCAACGGGUGUGAUGAAAACAAGUUCUAGUGGCAAGACAGAUUUUAAUAACUCUCAUAAGGAAGAAAGCAAUAAUAUUUUACAAAAAGUCAAAUCCGAGCCUGUUGACUAUGAGGACACACCCUGGAUGGGUCCCACCAACACUUCAUUUUCUGCGGUCAUGAGUAGUUACCAAUAUCUUGAGAUACCGAAAUGGGUGAAGUUAAAGUCGAAGGUGAUUCUUUUGAGAAAUAAGGCGGAUCUUUGGCCGGUUUUGUAUCAAAAUAAAGUGGGUUUGAAGGCUUUAACACAAAGUUGGGAAGCAUUUGCAAGGCAAAGAGGGAUUCAGAUUGGGGAUAACUGUGAAUUUGUGCUUGAAAGUGAAGCAAAUAGCAAUUUCACUUGUAGCGUGUUUACAGUACAUGUUACUAGCAAAUGACGUGGCAGUGGGGGGCCCAUUUGACGUUGAUAUUUUGCUUUGCACUCUGUAAAUUGUAGUAAGAUGUGGGUGUUUUGGACUUUUGGUUGAUGGUCGGAUUGUGGGGCUAGG